GUAUGUUAUCGAUAGGCACGAAACUGUAUAUAAACAUGUUGUGGUCCCAUCUCAAUCAGUCUGUUCGUUUAGUCGAGAACGCGCCUUUCUCUUCUGUCCUCGCUAAAAUGCUGCCGAAAUUGUUUGAAGUUGUCGUGAUAACUCUCGCGAUACAGACUGUCUACGGUAUUUCGUCUCAUGAUGAACACCCUUAUAAAGUCAGUUUAAGUGACUCGUUAAUUACGUAUUAUGAUCCGAACACUGGAGUGAUACUGGAAGGAGGAAAAAAUGAUUCGAUUGCUGCAAUGAUCUAUCAACGUUCGCUAUGCGACUUUGAAAUGAACGGUCUCAGCUGUUGCGUCGGUGUUCGUUUCUUUGGUUUUAACGGUCCAGUAUGUCUAAAUCUCUUUAACGACACUGGCCUCGACGAGAUCAGAAUUCAAUUAACCGCAAACGGACGGCGCCUCUUCUCGCAUCUUACCUCAGCCUCAAAACGUCUAUGUGCUCCAUUAUCUCGGUUCUCGCUUCUACGUGUUUGCGAUAAUAUCUACCUUCAUUAUGAGGAAUAUCAUUUAAAGGUUUGCGGUAGCAUCGGGUUUAGAUUUCUCUUCUUCCACUCUCCGUUAUUCUAUUUCCCAUGCAUUAAAUUCGGCGAUGACGGAAUCCAUUGGGGGAAUUUUGAUACAGAACAGGCACAGAAUCAGAUCACUUCGCAAUCGGAACAGCAAAUGAACGAACCAGAAAUAUAUGACGAAGUGAACUUCGAACAGCAAGAUUUGGAGGUUCAUGACGCGCCAUUGAGUCCCGCUGAAGAGGCAUUAAUUGGACAAUUGAAAUUAUGAUUCCUGGAAACGAAUUAAUCACAGAAUUAAGUUAGUUAGUAGAAUUAAAGUAAUAUAUAUUACUUGUAUAAUUAUUACUAAUUAUAGAAAUUAA